CUCGCGGCCAGCCCGGGUUGUGCAGGGUAGGUGGGCACAGACAGAGAGACUACGGGUCGGGGCUGGGCUCAUCGUGCUGCGAACAAAGGAGUCUGCGGCGGUUCCCGGUUCCGCCGAGGACCAAAGCUUCGCUGGACUCUUGAGGCUCCGCGGCUCCGGGUCGGCUUCCCCUCGGUUCCACCGCGGGCGCCGCGGCACCUGCCGCCGAGUGCUGCCCAGGGAGCCUGUCCCGUCCGGGGCUCAUGAUGGGGCUGAUCUUCGCUAAACUGUGGAGCCUUUUCUGUAACCAAGAGCACAAAGUAAUCAUUGUGGGACUGGACAAUGCGGGGAAAACCACCAUUCUUUAUCAAUUCUUAAUGAAUGAAGUAGUUCAUACUUCUCCAACCAUAGGAAGCAAUGUUGAAGAAAUAGUUGUGAAGAACACUCAUUUUCUUAUGUGGGACAUCGGUGGUCAGGAGUCUCUGAGGUCAUCCUGGAACACCUAUUACUCAAACACAGAGUUCAUCAUUCUUGUUGUCGAUAGCAUUGACAGAGAACGCCUGGCUAUUACAAAAGAAGAAUUAUACAGAAUGCUGGCUCACGAGGAUUUACGGAAAGCCGCAGUCCUCAUAUUCGCAAAUAAGCAGGAUCUGAAAGGGUGCAUGACGGCGGCUGAGAUCUCCAAGUACCUCACCCUCAGUUCGAUUAGGGACCACCCGUGGCACAUCCAGUCGUGCUGUGCGCUCACAGGAGAAGGGUUAUGCCAAGGUCUAGAGUGGAUGACCUCCAGGAUCGGUGUGAGAUAAUCUUUUUGGUGAAAAAGACUUCUCUAUUUAUUCGGUGACAUGAACAUUUUUCCUAAUACCUUUGGCUGCUAAGGCAGCAGCAUGUUUAAUUUAUGACAACACAAACCUCCAAGUGACGCUUGAAUCAAGUGCCACUGUACUGGAACAUAAAGAUGGUUUCUUACCUUUGUUUCAAAUGUACUAAUCUCAGUCGGACGAGCAUAACGUGUGACUAUGUUGUAGCAGCUGGACUCUAAUGACUCUGUGUAUUCUGAUUACUCGGUGACUGCCUUGUAAAAACCGUUUGUCGUCUAUUUCCUGUUAUCUGAAGUUUUGUUAUGUCCUUCAUAACCGGUUUCUCACACAUGGCCGCCACUUCCUUCUGAGGUACUUACUGGCUUGACAGAACAGUAGUGGGGAUCGUCUUUUAUUUAUCCAGCAUGAAGCAUUCUUUUCUCUACAAACCUUUUUAUCUUUUGGACAGAGUUAAUUACAAUGAGAAAAGUCUACCUAGAAACUGUGUUAUGUGUGUGUGUGUGUGUGUGUGUGUGUGUGUGUGUGUGUGUGUGGUGUGUGUGUGUGUGUGUGUGUGUGUGUGUGUGUGUGUAAGCAUCAAUAAUACUUGUCUUUACAUCUUCCUCACCUCACUGCAUGUGAUAGUAUAAUUUUAAGUUGCUCUUUGCAUGAGAAUCAUUUAGUCCAUUUAUUCAUAGAAGGAGUUAAGCUCACUUUUCUGCCAACCAUAUUUGGUUUAAAAACUAAUCAAGGGGAAGCACGAAUUAAAAAACCCCAGCUUCAAUGGCAAAUGCUAUUGGCUCCAUCUAGUAGCUAAAGAUUUUUCAGUGUGUAACUGUCAGAAUUUAGUAAAACAUGCCAACGUAAAUUAGAGCCAGGACACUCGGGAUAUGUUUUCCAUCAGGUUACUGCCUGCUUUAUUAUCAGCAUAGCCUCAGCUGUUUUGUCAGAGAUGCCUCACCUGCUCUGGCAGCAGCCUAAGCACGGCACGCCUUAUUCCUUAGGUGUGCAGUAGUAGCUGUCAGAGCGUCUUUAUCACCAGCAGUAUAUUACUGAAAGGCAGCACAGCAUGGUCUGUCCGUAACCUGGCUGAGCAUGAGGGGAAAGAGGCUUCAGAUUCGUUUUGCCCCACCUCCUGUCUCUUGUGCAGGUCGACUCGUGUCCUAAACUCUUACAGGGUGCUGCUGAGUUUAUUCCUAGCUCUGAGAAUGUUCCUGUGAGACUCAGCGAUCGUGUUCUCUGUUUGUUUGUUUGUUUGACUGGGUGUUUGUUUGUUUUGUUUUGAUAGGGUUUCUCUCUGUAGUCCUUGUCCUGGAACUCACUAGGUAGACCAGACAGUCAUAUUCUUAGCAACGUAGAUGCUUUUAUUGGUUACAGAAAUGAAAGUAAAGGGCCUAAUGCUGACGUCAGACUUGCUGGGUGGUGUUAAUGGUUCCCAGGGCAGUUGUCUAAGAUGAAAAUAAGAACGAGCUCUUAAGUUGAAGGGGGACGAAUUGUUGUCAUUGGCCUUGUCUACGCCAUCCCAGUCAUUUGCUGUAUGAAAGGGAUAAAAUAUGUACUAAGGGGAAGUUCUUCAUUUUUUCAGUAUUUUUCAUUUGGAUCAAAAUAAGCUUCAGUGUUCAUAAAUGCCUGCUCAAAAUUGAUAUUUUCAUUUCAGGUUUUUUGUAUGUAAGUUGCCUUAAAUUUUACUCUCUUUUGGGGUGUACUCAUUUGUUAUGUUCAGUUAAUUUAGUUGAACUUGAUAAUAUUUCUUUUAGUGUUUGUACCCUUCAUCUGGAAAAGUAGUUAGAGGAAAACUUUUCUGGAAUUUUGGAAACUGUUUAAACUUUGAAUCUUUUUCUUAGUGAUUCUAUGCCAAGUAGAGUAUAAAUUUAAUUUUUCUUGUGUGUUUUAAAUAUAACUCAUAAUCAAAGAUGAGAGAGAAAAGCAGAUAUUAAUCAGUGUGGAUGGUGUGUGGCGGUUGUGGGAACUAAGAAAAUACCAGUUACUUAAAGCACACUUUGCCUGAAUUUUACUUUGUUAUGUUUACCAUAAAUAUUAAAAAAUAAUUCUCAUAAGCCUGUCUGGAGACAAAGCAUAUUUAAUGUCCCAAUAUUUCUUCUUAUGAAAUAAUUUUCUGCCUCCCUGUAUCUAAUAAGAUUGGCUGGUUCAAUUUUCCUCUAUCAGAUAAUAUGGUUAUUUUUUAUAUUACCGCAUCAGCAUUAUAUUGAAAGUGUUUUUUAAUAGUUGAUUGUAUUUUGUCAAACAGCUACUAGUAUAGAUGCAGAUUUGCUAUUUAAUUGUUGAAAGUACAGUUUAUUUUACAUGUAAAUCCUUUUUAAAAAGCAUGAUGAGUUUGGAUUAGAAGCAACUGCUGGUGGUUAUUUGAAAAUGGAAUCAGCAUUCAGUAGAUUGAUCUGAUAGGUCCUGUGAGGCCUGUGAAGAGGCCUCUCAUUCUCAGCAGUAGGAAACGAGUCACCCUUUACUCCAAGAGAAUGUUUGGAUCCCAACAAGCUUAAGAUGCUAAAGCACUUCACUGGAACAUUCGCUGUAAAUCAAAUGACUGUAAAAUAUUAUUUCACGGACUUUUAAGUGUACGAUGGGUGCCUUUGUUAGUUUGAGAUGAGUUCUCGAUUUUUUUAGUCUGUUCUUUCAAGGUCACAUCAACAGGGAUGAUGUGGAGGGAGGGCUAGUGUUUCACCUUCUCCUUUGUCUCCGUAUGUUAUUUAGGAAAGUUUGUAUCUUACAGAAACCUCCCACACCUGCUCUACACCUUCAGAUUAUCUCGUAUUUUUAAUUUCAAAAUGAAGACUUUUUUACCUUAAAAUCUUUUCAACGUUACAGUUAAAAGUGCAAAACAAACAAAAAACCUAAAUUAACCUCCCGUUGCAAAUGACAGGUACCAUUUCCUUACCUGAGCAUGUUGUAGUCACCUAGAAGCUCAUUUGAGAAUCACUGUAGAUGUAACACUCACUUUUGUAAGGGAAUGCACUAAAUAUUUUUUAUUGUUAAUAUGAUAUAAUUUCUUAAAACCUGAAAUAUAUAACCUGUUGAAAACUGGAGGUUGAAUCCACAAUGCUUGCUUUUAGGUUCUUGUGUUAACAUUCUUAAGGGGGUAAUACUUUUACUCUGUGUUCACUAAAGAAACAGUAUAUACAUUUCAUUCUUUAAAACAUCAGCUUUACAUAAUUCCCAUAGGAAUAGCAUUUUUUAAAGUGGGGAAUGGCUGGAGACAGAGUUUCUAGUAGCCAGGGUGAGCACCGAGACCAAUGCAUGAUGCCCCUGCUUCCCCAUCCCCGUGCUGAGAUUGCCAUAGGUUUUAAUUGAAUAUAAUUUAGCUUUCAUUGUAGCAUAAAGGGAAAAGUUGUCCCCCCCCCCCACUCCUGUGGAAAGAAUAAGGGAUACAGGCAGUGCUUUAAACAAUAUUCUCUGACACUGGCCUCCAAGAAAUCUUUGAAGAAAAUAAGAGGUUUUAUUAAGUUGAUUAUGAGCAGAAUUGAUCCAAGGUCAUUGAUUGAAAGCCCCACUGUGUUAAAGUGAGGAUUAGCAAACAGACUGGGUUUAUGGAUUACGCCUCAUGCUAUGACGCCUCACUGGCACCUCUCUCUAGAGGCCAGUUCCAUUCACCAACUUAUUUGUGGUUUUGGAACAAAAUCUUGACAGUGCACAGAAGCGGCUGUGUUCAUCAGAAAACAGCUUUGAGUUUCGUAGAAGUAGCACCCAUGCGUGUUGGAAACUCACUUCUACAGAACUUAAGCAAAGUUUUGUUUUGUUUUGUUUUGUUUUCCUGGCUUUUCUGGCUGCACAGACAUGGUUAGUGUGCUCUAUUCUCUGCCUUUAAGGCAUCCUAAACACUUGGCUUGCCCGCACCGAAAGAGUAGCAUCCGCCAGGACAUCGCGUGUCCUUCAGUCCACUGCCUGUGCAAACGGCUGCUGUUAGGGUUUCAGUGUCAUCUCUCCUUCAUUCAUUUAAUGUUAGUGUGAAGACUGAAACCCGGGAGCCAGGGUUAUGGGGGAAAAGGUAUAUUUUAAGAAUUACAGAUGACCAAAGGUCUACAGAUGUCAAUAGGAGACCUAGGCAUUCUGCACCUCGUUUCCUGAGGCUGCAAAGCCUGAAGACUGGUUGGCAUUCUAGGAUUAGAAUCUAGAACUUUAGUCACAGAGGCUCCUUGAGUUUUUUAAGACCAGUACUCAAGGGUUGGGGAUUUAGCUCAGUGGUAGAGCGCUUGCCUAGCAAACGCAAGGCCCUGGGUUCGGUCCCUAGCUC